AAGUUUUUGAAAAAUGCGAAAAUGAAAUACGAAAAAUUAUAGAACAAAUAUCCGAAUAUGAAAAUAUUAAUUACAAAGAUGAUGAUAUUGUGGCUACUAAUUUCUUUAUUGAUUUAUAUCGUUAUUUUAUUCCGCCCGAAGAAGCCGCUAAGCAUAGCAAGAGCAAAGUACCUAUUAACAAAGUAUUAGACCCAGCUUGCGGUUCGGGGAUUUUUCUAACCAGCUAUAUAAAAAAACUUAUUGAAGAAAAACGCGAGUUAACCAACAAAGACUUUACAAACAAUAUUUUUGGGAUAGACUUAAAUCCCAUUGCUGUUUUACAAGCAAGGAUCAAUUAUCUAUUAACUAUUAGAAAUUAUUACCAAAAAGAAGAAACUGUUGAGAUACCUUUAGAUACGCAAAUCGGAGAAGUUAUUGAAAUUUACCUUCCUAUGGAGAUCAACUUAUCAGACGUUUUUUUUGAGAAAUUGGCCAGAAAUAUUAAAUGGAAUGAAGAAAAAAAUAUA